AUGGUGAACCAAGUGGUUGAGCUCUUCAAGUCUGGCCAACUCGAUGCCAUGACGGCGAUGCAAAUGUUGGGAGGCCUUCCGGGCCAGGGUUCAGGGCCUACUCAGCCUGCGUCUUCACCAGCCCCACCUUCUGAUGGGGAUGAAGCACAGCACAUGGCCAAGCUCAAAGCGCGUCUUCGCAGGUUGUGCGAAGAAAAGGACAUGUUCAUCCGGACCGUUGAGAAGACGCAUGGUAUCAAGGAUUCCAAGAAAUGUAAGAUUGAUGAGGGUUGGUAUUCUCGUGAUGAGAUGCUGAAGGACACGAACACUGCGGAGAUCAAUCCAGACCGGCGACACAUCACUGAGUUUGACAAUCGGCUGAAUGCUUCUGGGAAUCGUGGGAGGGAGACCUUCAAGAAGUUCAAUGACUCUGUCCUUCAGAAAACUGCCAAGAUCCGGCAGUUGGUCUCCGAUCUCAAACGCAACUACGACGACCCAUUGGCUGUCAAGUCGAUCGCCACGUUGGAGAAAGACCUGGAAACCUUGGACGGUGUCUAUGCGAAGUGCAGUCAGAUGUGGGCAGAAGGGGAACAAUCCGAGUGGACCCGAGAGUGCACGCAAGUGGCCCAGAAUGAGGCCAAAGUCCUGGUCCCACUGCCAAAGCCUUUGCGGCCAAUGUCGGAGAAGGAGCCGACUGCUCAGAAUGGCGAGGCAAGUUGCCGCUCACAGAUCAGAACUGCCAGAGCAGUGGCAGAAGAGCUUGGACCAGCGAAUUCAGUGUCUGGGGGAGUUGAUGCAUGGGCAAAGAUUUGCUUGAACAAUUCAGAAAGAGAUUGCUCCAAGGUCGUGUUGAAGCAACAGGGUAGGCUGAAUGUGCCAAUUUCUUACUUGCAAAUUCAUGGCCGGGAGCUUCCCUGGAUCUGCCCAAAAGAUUGGGUCCAAUACAUCAUCGAUAGGGGUCUUUGGCACCACUUAGCUGGGCUGGAUGAUGCACACCGCCACCAAGCUGGAGAGGUUUGGCGAUCUUUCUGGGACAAAAUUGAGGCUAUGCAUCCUGAGCUGGAGGUCUUCAAUGAAGAAUUCAAUUUAGACCGGGAGAACACAGCAGCGAUCUACGUCCACGGAGAUGAAGGCAGGUCCUUGAAAAAAUCGGCUGUGAUGGUGACAUCUGUACAGUCGUGCUUAGGCAUUGGUUUUAGCGACAAACUACGCGGCUGCAAGCGGACAGUUGAUGGAACGCUCAAACACGAGAUAAACUACAGAGGGCACACCUACACUACGCGGUUUGUCAGCUCCAUCAUCCCAAAGCGUAUUUACGAGUCAGAUCCCGAGUUCUAUCACAAAGUGAUGGAAUCUACUGUGGGCAGCCUGAUGGAGACACUGACUCGGAGCUAUCGAGCGUACUGCCGAAGUGCCCACCUGCAACCCAUUGUGACCAAGCUCACAACCACUCUGCUCAGCUUCACAGACCCCAAGGGUCCUGUAGGGGCAUGGCACAAGGGAGCUUUGACCUCUAACUUGCUCAAGUGGCUGGGCAAUUGGCUCGCAGACCUUCGACCGGCGCAUGGUGAUCUUUUGUAUCAUGCCCUGCAGGGAACAAAUCAGCUGAACAAGAUGUUCAGCUAUUUGUACCGAAGCCCCUUUUUUUUUGAGCAAGGAAGACUGUGA